AGUACCGGGUUUUCCCGGAGAUUUCCGAAUAUGGUGCGAUAAUGUUAUGCGAUGACCUUUCGUGACAUGUGUAGUCAUUGGUCGCCUAUGACGUCAGCAACAUUCGGGAUUCGACAACAAAAAAGCUAAACGUAAACAAACGAAAUGGCUGACAUUCCAGGUCCUUCAACUCUCGUUUUACAAGAUGAAAAUUGCAACAAAGAAAACCUUGAUACCAAUUUUGAGCCCGAGAGGAAAAAGAUGAAGACAGAAGUUAACCAAAAAGAAAAGGACAAUAAAUUGGAAGAUCGACUAAGUGGGAUCCUGUGCUGCGCAGUUUGCCUUGAUUUGCCCAGGACUUGUUUUCAGUGUACCAAUGGACACUUGAUGUGUGCAGGGUGUUACAACCACAUCCUUGCAGAUGCAAGAUUAAAGGACGAGACAGCAACCUGUCCCAACUGUCGCUGUGAGAUCAACAAGAACCUGUGUACCCGCAACCUGGCAGUGGAGAAGGCAGUAUCCGAGCUCCCAAGCCUGUGCCAGUUCUGUGCCUGCCAGUUACCCCGCAAUCUAGUGGAACAUCACCAGAGGGAGCUCUGUCUAGAGCGGUCCACAUGUUGUAAAUACUCUAGAAUUGGUUGUCCUUGGCAAGGACCCUUUCAUGAGUUGGCAGGCCAUGAGCAAAGCUGCAUCCACCCCAACAAGUCUGGUGAUGACAUCAUGGACUCACUGGGAUUGGUAGAUAAACAGAAGGAGGAGGAGCUGAGAGUCUACAGCAACCUUUAUUAUCUUCUGUCCUAUGAGAAGGUCACUUUUAAUGAUUUGCAACUGAAACCAUACAGAACAGAUGAUUUCAUCACAAAGUUGUACUAUGAGACAAGCAGAUUCUCUGCAUUUAAUCAUCAAUGGGUCAUCAAAGCUCGUAUCAACAAUGACAAACCAACACAGUCAGUUCUUAGGUCCAUGUCAUACCAACUUGUUCUCAAGGGCAAGAUCACAAAUCCCAUCCAGUUGAAGUUCAUUGCACUAAAAGGGCCAUAUGGCGACAUGAAGGUCAAUCCAGCAAUAUACAUGUUCGAGUUCUCACCAGAAAAUUUAGAGACAGAAUAUCUCGACCUACCCAUUGUGAAUUCUUUAGAGUGCAACAAACUGUUAGCUUCCAAAAUAAUCAAUCUUAGACUAAUUAUGGUUCAUUUACAGUAGUAAGGCUCUGUUUAAAAUCAGCUUUUACCCAUGUACAAGUAUCUAAUCAUGAUGAUGCUUCUUUAAUCUCUGUAAUUCAUAUACAGUGGAGUUUGAUUAUAUGGUGAAGUCAGUACAAUUGUUGCAUUACGUUGCGUUUAAUGUAAUAUUGAAAUCAUGUGCUGGUUUAGAAAAGUUUUCAAGAGAAAUAAAGUAUAUAAAUGUUGACUUUUUUUAUACUCAAAAGUAUCUAGUCAUCAGAAUAUUAUGAUUUUUUAAAGGUAGAUUUUUAUGUUUAUUGUUUUUAAAUACAUUUUGUUUUAUCAAUCUUUCGUGCAUUUUUAAUUAGUUAAAAUUAUCAGAAUUACAUGUAGCUUGUAAAAUACUUUAAACUGAAAUUAAAAGUAUCUAAUAGUAUUACAUGUUUACAAUACAAUUAAACUUUCAUUAAUGCAGAAAAGUUUAUUGGCAUUUUUUUGCAUUGGUCAGUUUACGUGCACAGCUGUAAAUAUAUUGCACAGGUCAUAAAACGGGUAAAUUAUUUGUAUGUUUUCUGUAUCCUUGCAUCCAUGUAAAUAGCAUUGACCUCUGAAGCAUAUGUAGUUGAUUAUUCUCUGCUUUUAAAGUCUCUGUCUUUUCAUUGUGAAAAUAAUGAUAUACAUGUAGCUGUUUUAAGAAUGUCCAGCACAUUUUUUUUCCAUUAAAUGAUUUGUACAUCUUGCUUACAUGUGCAAUAACGCUGGUAUAAAACAGAUGUGUUAUUGAAUCAUCUGUACAUAUAUUUUUUUGACACCAAUUUCGAUAAAGAUUGUAAAACGUAUCUUGAUUAAAUUGUGUUUGAAAAUAAAAAGAGAAAGAAGUGUGUUACUAGAAGUAUUCAUUUUAGAUAAGUUUCGCUUCGUCUUAAUUUUUAUAGGAGGUUAUUCAUAAUGUAUAUAUAUUUGAAACGUGUAAAGAGAAUUCCAUUGUUUAUUUACUGCCUUUAGAUUAUUGUUUUAGAACUAUGCUGUAGUUUUUGGAUAGUCGAGUAAUAAAACUGUUGUUUGUUUGUUUGUUAUCCUUCCAUGUCACUGUAUAAUGUACUUUUUUUUCAUAAGUAACUUUUACAAAUUUAUCAAAAAUAGAAUCAAUUGAUAAAUACACCAAAAAUCUAUAAAAUAAAAAAAAAAAAUAAAAAAAAAUUGGUUUUUGUUUUGCGAGUUGUUUAAUAAAACAGACAAUUUUUUUGUUGGAUUUUAAGGAAUUCGAUGAGUUAAUAUUCAAAAUAUCCUGUGAUGUAAAUGAAUGUUUUAACUAUAUUAACUUGCCAUGUUUUUGUUUGUAGAAUAGCAUAUGAUACAUGUAGAUUAUGGAGACAAUUGGAAUUGGUUUGAAUUGAUACAUUUUUUAUUCCCUACAUUCCUGUUAUAAAGUUACUAUCUGUUCCAUAAAAAUCUAAAUGAAAACAUAGUUUUAGUGGUAGUAACUUGCAUGGAGUAGAACUUUUGUUGACUUAAACACUAAAAUUACUAUAACUAUCAAUUUUACUGAUAAUAAUAAGGAUGUGAAACAUUGGUGGCUUGAUUUACAUGUGCAGAAUUUUUUUGUGUUAUUUCGUCUUUAUGAUAUUGUCUCUCCAGUUAUGUAACUUACGAAAGCAGUUCAAAAUAAAGGAACAGAAUGAUA